AUUUUAACCGGACGAAGCUAACACGGUCGUGCAGGGACUGUUGUUGUCUUUCGCUAUAAAGUCUGGAUUGUUUGACCUUUUGAGGUUAGCCUGCCAGACACUGCAACUCUGUAAGUGUAGAUGGCCACAGUUUAGGAAGCCUGUCUCAGCAUAAGCCAUUAUUUUUCACUGGCGUCAUGGAUUUUGCGGGAUCGUCUGCUAGCGGAUGCCGUUUGCUCACAGAGUUGUAUUACACGUCCGUGGUUUGAUCUUUGAAUUUGAUGAUGACUCCCAGUCCAGAGACAAUUCACUUCAACAUUGAUCUUGUGAAGAAGGCUGUUAACCAGCUUGUCUUCUUGAAGCAGGUGUCAAACCAGCCAUCUCUGCAGCAACCCCAUGUGCUCAAGCUGGCACUUUACCGUUAUGAGAAGCUGUGGCUGCCUCUGGCUUCUAAAUGGCAGGGAGAAAGUCUUGCUGCACCUCUUGACAUAGAGUGGAUUUGGCACUGCCACCUUCUCUCACCAGUUGCCUAUCAGCGAGACUGUCAGAGACUGGGAGGCAUCAUUGUGGACCAUGAGUUAUUCUCUGGGACAGAAAGGGCCUUGAAGCUGCAGAGAUCCUGUUCAUUAUGGGAGGCAGAGUACCCUCAACAUUCUUUUGAGGUCAGCUUGAACAGCUCAGUUUCUGAUGUCCCUUGCAGCUUUAUAUCACAGCUGUCUUAUGAUGUGAUUUCAGCUGCUUCCAGACAAGAUGUUUUCUAUUACCAAGUGAGCCUUCCUCAUUACCAAGACUUCAAGUUCCUAGCCAACUCAGAGAAGCGCUAUAAGAAGUUUCUGUAUUUAAAGCAACAAAAUCCAAACCUGUUCAUAGUCCCAUGCUAUGAUAUCGACUUGAUAUGGCACACUCAUCAGCUACAUCCUCUUGCCUACAAGAUGGAUAUGGAGGCCAUCUUGGGCCGCACUUUUAACCACGAUGAUUCUGUCACAGAUCGUAGAGAAGGUUCUAAACUGUAUACUUCAGAUAUGGAGACAAGAGAACUCUGGAAGCGGACCUAUGGAGAAAAUUCUUUGUGUGGGACAAUGUAUAGGGGCAACCCAUCAGCUGGUAAGAUCUAUGCAGUUUCAGAGGAACAAUGCUAUAACAUGGCCGCCAAGUCAGCACACAUUCAUUUUGAGUGCAUAGAGAUAAAGAAUUUGCCACCUAUAAAAGGAAAGAUCAAACUGAAGCUUCACACAGCUGCAAACAGCAAAGUUGUGAGCACUUUCUCAACACUUACUGGGGGCCUGCUGUGGCAAGACAAGAAAGUGGCAGAGGUCAAAUUUGACACUCGAGUCAAUAACUUAAAAUUUUGUCUGAUGGAGCAAACAGGCUUUUCCUGCUUUGGUUCAAAGAUGGUGGUGGCAGAGAAAGACUUCAGUAUGCUUACCAUUAUCAACUCCUUAACCCAGGCAACAACAAUUGAUACAUCUGUAUCUUUUGGACAGAACAAUCAGACAGUACUGAACUUCAAAGCACAUGUGAGCAAGCCAAAACGUGGGCCUAUUAUGCUGUACCUGCAGGCUUCCAGUUUCUCAGAGGCCAUCAUGCCAGAGAACAUUGAGUCUAUGUGGGGACCUGUACCUUUGCGACCUUUAUCUUCAGGAGAGCCAAAUGUGUGUCAAGUAGCUUCUCACAGACUUGUCAACCACACAGGAGCAGUGACAUUUACUUGCCGCAUAAUCCACAGUCUGCCUUUGCUAAUGUCAGUUGUCCAGGUGUUCUAUCAUGACAAAAUGGCUGCUGUGGCACAUCUUGUUGGAACAGACACUCUUCCACUACCUACCCAAGUUUCAGACCCAAGAAAAGCAGUGUACCUCAAUCCAUUAGCUGGAGAGAGAGCUGUUGUGAUUAAGAAUCACCUGGGCGACUGGGGAUUUGUUGUUGGCAAGUGGAAAGGUUUCAAAAGAGGAAAAGCUGGCUUCAAAGGUUCAAGAUAUCAGCGGGGUAUGAAAGGAGUACAUGGCAAUCCUGGCACAUUAAUAGUACGUGUGUGGCUAUGCAAAGAUCAGUGCUGGCAUACACUAGAGCUGCCAUACCUUCAAGGCAAAUACGUCUUCGCUUUUGAUGGUCUUACUGUUAAUCUUGGAAAUGGAGGUACACAGAUUGGAAGCAGCAGCAACAAUGACAUUGCUGAAAAGCUAGCCUUGGCCUUUAGUGUGUCAUUGUUGCAUGUGCUAUGUCUGCCUCGUCCCUGGUCAUGGUCGCCAGGUCAGUCUCUUCGUCCACCUCCCUCACGUGGUGCUCAUCCGGUGCAGAACAUACCAUCUGAGGAUAUGGCUUUCAUUAUGGCCACAGGCAUAUUGCUGGCUACGCCAUCCAACCACUACAUACGCAAGCACUAUGGGAUAGAUGCUUGUGCUGGUUGUGGUGGGGGGUGUGAUGGUGGGGGCGCACUUGGAGUCUGUGAUGCAGGUGCUGUAGGUGCAGGUGAUGUAGAUGCUGCUGGCGAUGGUGGAGCUGGUGGGUGUGGUGGUUGUGGGGGAUGCGGUGGGUGUGGGGGGUGCGGAGGAGGUGGUGGAGGAGGCGGCGGUGGAUGUGGGGGUGGUUGUGGGGGAGGUUGUGGAGGUUGUGGCGGUGGUUAAAGUUUCUAUAUGACCUCGUAAAAGCAGCUACACUUCUCAAACUACAUUUUUGUCAAUGGAGUAAGUAAACUGUAGAACAGGGUAGGGGAGGAAAUCAGGAAGUAGUGUCUUGAAUGGGACCCUGUUUGCGUCAAGAUCACAUGAGGAAAGUGUUUCCUACUUCAUGGCAGUUUUUGUCUUUAUCAUCAGCUGCAUUGAUUGAACUAUUUCAGACUUAAAUGACACCUUAAAAAAUCUGACUACACAUUAUCAAAGAUCACAUGCAGAUAUAUGUGGGGUAUGAAUUUUAUUUAUUUUAUGUAUUCUGAAAGUUGUGGAGGUCUCAUUGUCUUAAAGAAAUUUAUUUAUUUUACAAUCCUUUUUUAAGGAUUUGGAAAUCUGAUGAAUAUGCUUUGGUAUGGUUACUGUUUUGGAAAUAUUUAUUAUUGUUUUCUGUUAAAUUUGUUUUAUUUUCAUGGAAAAUAAAUUUUUUUAAUGUGAUUUUUUUCCAACCCUUGGUUACUACAUUACUGCUUUGUAGUGGAAUCCAGUAUUAUACCUUGCGAGUAUGUUAAAAUAAAGCAGAAUAAUGAGGUGAGUAAAGGUAAUCAUUAUUAAAAAGUUACAGAGAAAAAGCAAUGAAGCAGCCUGCAAUAAGAUGAAAAAAAAAUAUUAUUAAGAGUUAGUUAACCUAGUAUAAGAUGGAAGGGAUUUGAGAAAGUAGUCCUAACUUUUCCUGUAAUAACUUUAACGUCUGAAUUCUAUAAAAUAAGGGUGAAUCCUCUUUAUUUUUAUAGAAUUGUAUACGAGCUGUGACAUUUGACACGUCCACACCAGUAAAAUAACUUGGGAAGUAAACUGACUUGCAAUAUGUGCUUUCCACACAGCACUGCCCUGAAGCAUAUUUUCAAGGACUGUGACUGUUACUGUGCAAUUUCUUGAUUCCCCAUUCUCAUCCUAAUUGUGAUUGUACAGAUUAGUUAAAAGUAUUGUUAUAUAUGUGGCGCCCUGCCACAAGCCAGUGCACGUGUGCACUCAUAUGCAUGCACACAUGUGCACAUUUGUUAUGCAAUUUCGUGUUUUCCAAGAUGUAGUUGUGCAUGUAUAUAGAUGGUCAGGAGGGGUAACAACUACUGAAGACUUUAUUAAAACUUGUGUUCUGUAAAGUAACUUCAUAAUAAUGGCUGCUAUUGCAAACUAUCUAUCUAUCGGGGUCCCACAGGGGGUAACUGUAGACACUUUGGGACAAAGUGUUAUUACUGUGUGUAGUCGCUAAAGAUGCAUUUGCUUGUACGCAUAUAGUUAUUUUGAAGCUACAUUAAUAUCCACACUUUUAUGAAAUUUAAUAAAAGUAGUGCUUAUUUAUGCAAUUUUAAACCCGUUUCUUACUUUUACUUGAAUUGUAAAAGUUUUUUGCUGUUGAUGCAUUUGAAUUUUACUGUUUAUUAUCUCUUUUUAUGCUCAACUUUUUUAGAGGGGCUAUUUGAUAUAAAAAAAAAAAAAAAAAUUGGUGCUUAUUUUUAAGCAGUUUUAACCUUUGUUUUAUAUACUCAUAUAAACUUGUUUCUAGAAGGUUUCUUUUGUUGAACUUUGUUGUAUGUCACACCCUAUGUGAACAUGGUAUCCAGUAUCUGCUUGGCCACUUUUAAUCUUAUAUCAGAAGCUUCAUUUUGAUUCAUCUCUACGUAACUUUGCUAAACUUAAUUGAAAUCUUUUUGUUAUUUUGUCACACUGAUGCAGCUUUAUCAUACCGGGUAGCAUUAUCACAAAUAAACUUUCCACUUUUUUGUCUUUUUAUCACUACACCACCAGCACUACACCACAUAAGGAACAGAUCCAGCUGUUAUGAUACAAAUGUAGAAUAGUAAAAGAUCUGACACAUGCUGGUUCUACAGCAGAUGCCUGCAGAUAAGUCUGUAUCAGCUGUCAUAUUUCGAUCCAGAUAACUUCCAGUUUCAUAUUGUGUGUAGUGCAUGUUUAUGAGUGAAUGUGUGUCCCUGCCUGUGUUUAGGCUUGCUUAUGCAUGUAAUUUAGUUUAAAAUAUAGUGAUCCAUGUAGUAAUGACUGCAAGUGUGAGAUUCAAUUGUAUAUAGUGGUGACCAUCAUUAAGUCAUAUUCCUUGUGUAAUCUCACUUGGCAAAUAAAUAAACUGUAAGUGUAGGAUUGGUGAUUGUUGAAAUAGUGGUGGCCAGCAUUAAGACAUAUUCCUCAUAAGUCUUAUGUGACAAAUUCUUCCUAUCUCUCAUCUCUUUGGCUGCAAUACUUUUAAUGACAAAAGUUGCACACAAGCUGUAAGUUACAAGCUAUUAUUAUAAAGACUUUGUCUCUUAGUAAUGGAAGUUCAGUCUGAGUGUUUCCCUCUGUGAAAUCAUCAUCAUAAUACGUUUCACCUUAAAAGCUGCCUUGGUGUGUCAUGUAUUUUAGAAAUGUUGAAAUAUUUUGUUGUCAUUUUAUUAUCAGUGGCUUUGUCUCAUAUUCAUGUAAUGCAAUAGUAUUUUUAUUUGUGAUCAUAGAUUAUAAAAUGUUAACUGUUUUUAAAGUCUCAGAUCACUCAGACCGUUCUCAAGAUGCCAGUUUUGAAGAUAUAUAUAUAUACACUGUAGUUCCUAUUGUCUAGCAAGGUUUUGGGUUAUCUGCUUUGAACUGAUGGUUUGAAAUUAGGUGUUGUAUGUUCACUUGUUGUUGCACAAAUUGCAGUUGUUAGCUUGAUAUUAGCUUGAAGCAUUUUUUCAAGUUUUGUGAAAGGAAAUGUGGCUUGCUUUACACAAAUAUAUAUUUGUGUUGCAUUUUAAUAUUUACAAAGAUAUGACUACCUUCUUAACAUAUAAUUGUAAUUAAUUUUUUAAUGAAAGUUAAUUAUAUUAUUGAUACUGUUUCAUUAGAUUUACCAGAAUCAUAGAUAUUAUCUGAAGCAUCCCUUUAAACCACAGUAUAAAAGGAUGACAGCAAUUAUGAGAUCAAAAUAUUCUGAGGUAUUUAGCAGAAUUUUGUUCACUGUAUUGAACACAGUCCAUCUGAUAUCUUCCUUUGAUUGGAAUUGUUUUUCUUUGCUCAAAAGUGGGAAGUCCUACAAUCUCUAUUAUUUAAAAUGUUAAUAUGUGUUAUUUACAUUUUUGGUGUUUACUGGUUUACUUGGUGAUGUUAAAGAAACAAGAGAGCACAUAUCCUGAAAAUUAAUUAUCAGUCUGGAAAUGUUUGUGAUAGCCAGAUAUUACAACUUUAUUAAUAUAUUGUUGCUCAAAGUGAAAUGUCGUUUCUCACACAGUUAUAAACUUUUUUAUAUUAAAAGUUUUCAGUUUCGAAUACUUUCACAUCUAAAACCGAGGAUAUGCUAUUGGUUAUCGAUAUUUCUGUUAAGAUGCUUUGUGAUACUGUAGACUUUCUAUGUGAUAUUCAGGCCAGAAAUGACAAAAAUUUGAUCUGUUGUUAGCUGAAAACAAUAAAGUUGCUUCUUGAGGUCUUUGUA